GAGAGCGAGAGAGAGAGAGAGAGAGAGAGGGAGGAAAAUGGGUGGACGGAAAGUCCCCGUGUGGAAAUCCCCUUGACUUGUGCCUUUUCCUUUUAAAAAAAAAAAAACACAACUAUCAUUAGCGGACUGUGUACUGUGUGAAAGGCUUCGCGAGCUGCUAGGGCUCCAAAAUAGAUCUGAUACUGAAGGAAAGAGAAGGUUGAAUGGCGCCGAGGACCGCAGCGGUGAGGCUGAGUGAAGGGGCUCAGAGAGGACUAGCCUGAGCAUCCGGGAGGGCUUUGUUAUUACCCCCGACAUACAGUUUCCACGUUGCUGGGUCAGCGGUGGUUGGUGCCUCCUCCUCCUUUCCUCCUCCUCCUCCUCCUCCUCCUCGUUCUUCUUACUCCCCUCCUUCCAUCCACCUGGCCACUCAUCCGCCAUGUCGCAGGGUCAGAACUUCCUCCCCAAAUUCCUGUUUGUCUCCAACCUGCUGAAGGCGGUGAAGAUCCGUCAGCGAGUGCCCAACGACGUGGUGAAGCCGGCUGCCGGCAGCGGCCUGAUGCACCACCUGCGCGGCAUGCACCGGUACACGCUGGAGAUGAUCGCCAUGAACCACUUCCCGCAGGCCUUCAUGGAGGUGGUGCAGGCCGCCAUCCUGGACCGAGCCAUGCAGGCCUCCUUGGAGCAGGAGAAGAAGCUCAACUGGUGUCGGGAGGUGAAGAAGAUGGUGCCCUUGCGUACCAAUGGAGAUGGGAACUGUUUGCUCCACGCGACCUCUCAGUACAUGCUGGGCGUUCAAGACACGGACCUGGUGCUUCGGAAAGCUCUCCAUGGUGUUUUGAAAGAGACGGACACUGGCGUCUUCAGAGCUCGCUUCCAGGCAGAGCUGCUCCAGUCCCAGGAGUUCACACAGACCGGACUCCGAUACACCACAAUGAACUGGGAGGAGGAGUGGGAAAAGAUUGUGAAGAUGGCGUCUCCGGUCUCCAGUAGCAACGGCCUCCAGUUUGACUCUCUGGAGGACAUUCACAUCUUCGUCCUCUCCAACAUUCUCCGCCGACCCAUCAUAGUCAUCGCAGACCAGGUGGUCAGGAGUAUGAAAUCUGGCUCCUCCAUCUCUCCUCUGAAUGUGGGUGGGAUCUAUCUGCCGCUACAGUGGGCGCCCACAGAGUGCUACAAAUACCCAAUAGUGCUCGGCUACGACUCCCAGCACUUUGCCCCCCUCAUCACCAUCAAAGACAGCGGCCCAGAGAUCCGAGCAGUACCGCUGAUCAACCCAGGACGAGGAGGCUUUGAGGAGCUGAAGGUUCACUUCCUGAUGGAGAAAGAACAGCAGCAGAGAGAGAGGCUUCUCAAGGACUACCUGCUGCUGAUAGAGAUCCCCGUCAUAGGCUUGGGCUACGACACCACACGGAUCGUCAAUGCUGCACGGCUGGAUGAGGGCAACCUCCCUGAAGACAUGAACCUGAUGGAGGACUACCUGCAGCUUGUCAACCAUGAGUACCAGCGCUGGCAGGAGGACAAGGAGCAGGCGUGGGCCGCCCAGCCGCAGCGUCCACCGCCCUUCUCCGUCUCCCAGCUCUCCCUCAUCGAGAUCCGUUGCGCCACACCACGAUGCACUUUCUACGUCUCUGUGGACACGCAGCCUCAUUGCCAUGAAUGCUUUGAGAAGCGACAGGCCACCACCGGUGGAGGAAUGAGGAUAGAAGGUGUCGUGCAGACCAAGGGGGGAGGGGUACAAUGUGGGGUGGGAGUGAUCGGGGGAUCAGAGACCGAGGUGAGCUCCAGAGGAGCUCGAGGCAGCAGCCCCCCAUCCUCCACAUGUGGGAGAGGGGUGGUGGUGGUAUCCAGCCCCCGCUCAGCACCACCCACGGCUCCCAGCCUCAGCCUGUACAGUGAAACUCAUGCCAUGAAGUGCAAGACACCCGGCUGCCUCUUCACCCUCAGCGUGGAGCAUGAUGGACUUUGCGAGCGCUGCUUCAACUCCAGGCAGAACCACGGACCCCCUGGAGCUGGAACAGCUGCUCCAGGACUCCCAGGCACCAAUGGGGGGCCUACAGUCCCCCACCCGGCCCAGGGCACCGGCUGGACCCAGUGGGGGGGCCGCGAGACAGAGACAGAGCGCUGCAGCAUGUGCAGACAGGAGGCGUUCAGGAUUUUCAAUGGCCUGUGUCCACCCUGCAUGCAGAGACAGCAGCCUCCGGAGAGGGGAGAGCCGCAGCAGAACAACCCCAGGACUGAGGCCUCGUCUUCAGCUUGGACCCAGGCCAGGGACACUGAGCGGCCUUGCCUCACCCUGACCCCGGGGCACACCUCAGCCUGGCAAGCCCCUCUGGCCCGGCCUUGUAAAAGAUCCGGCUGCCAGUUCUUUGGGACGCCAGAGAAGUUGGGUUUCUGCACUAUUUGCUACGUAGACUAUCAGACCAACCACCACCUGACUCCUCCCCCUCCCCCUCCCCCCGCCCCGGUCCAGAGCCGGCAUGGUGUGGAGGCCGGCUUCCAGAACGUCUCCCGGUGUCGAGGGCCUGGGUGUGGCGCAGUUGGCAAGACAAUGCUGGAGGGCUACUGCGACAAGUGCUACUUCAAAGAGCAAAGCACACGGCUCAAUCAAGCGGCACAUCGCACACCACACUCCCCUCCUCUGGUCAUGCGGGAGCGAGCAGCCAAACCCAGAUCUUCUCAGCAAUCCCAGACCCAGACCCAGACCCAGACCCAGACUCAGACUCAGACUCAGUGCCGGCGGAGUGGCUGCAGUAAUGCGUCGCCGGGUUGCACGGACCUCUGCCCCGAGUGCCACACACGUGGCCAGGGCCGAGAGGCGGGCAGACGGGCGCAGGCGCCUAAAGAAAAGUCCAAGCAGCGGUGCAGGACGCAGGGCUGCGACCACUACGCCAACCAAGAGAAACAGGGCUACUGCAACGAGUGUGACCAUUUCAAACAGAUCUACCGCGGCUGACCACGUACACACCCACGCAACCACGAUGGUGACACAUCGCUAGCACGCUACAGCCGCUGCCCUGCUGUUGGCACCUCAUGCCAGUCAAUGCACCUCUGAUACUAACUAACCAACUAACUAACUAGCUAGUGACUAACUAGUAACCUUAUGGCCUGAAAAUCAAACCCCCCAUGUAGAAUGUGAAGCGAGAGUGUGUGUAUGUUGGGGGGGGAAGUGGGGGGGGGGGGGGGGGGGGUGACUGACUGUGUGUGUGUGUGUUUGCAGUAGACAUGGCCUCCAGAAUACCUCUUUGUGCAAUUAUUAUCAUCUGAUGUGCCCUGUGCACUUACACGGUGAGAGGUUUGGCUACAUGUCAGAGCAACUGACUUAACUCUUGUGUACAAUAUGUAUUUAGAGGUACGUCGUGAAUCGUGCCGGACAAAAUGAUUGUAUGUUGACGUAAGGAGAAGCAUCUGACAUUGCUUUCUAGACCACAGCCAAGGAUUUAUACCCGCCGUCUGUCUGUCUUAACACAUCCGUGUAUCUGUCUGCCUGUCUGUCUAGCAUUUGCCCUGUAGGAUGAGGGAUGCGGUAGAUGAGGAAGCCCAGCGACAAAUCUGUGGAAGUAGUAAGCAGAAGUGAGCUGAACUGGGCCAAAGUGAAGUGCUUGAAAACGAAAUUCAAUGGUAUGCACCAUUGUUUAGCUUACUUCUCCAAAAAAAAACACUCAUGUAUGUCCUCCAAACAAAGACAAAGAUUUACCGAGAAAAGCUCUUGCAAUCAAUAUUGUAAAAAUGAUCAAGACUUAAUUUUCUUCCAUUUGUCAGUCGAAAGCAGUUUAUAUUUUGAGGCAAAUUAAACUGUAUUGUUACUUCUCUGUUAUAUGAAGUUGGUGAGAUUGUUGAUAUGGAAAGCAAGAACAGACCUUUUGUCUAUACAGUGCAAGACAGACAGGGCAGGCCCCUGCUAGUUCUGGUGCUACAUGUACAGAAAUACAAGCCUCUCCAUUGUAGCCAACAUGCUGGCGGUGUCAGCGGACAGAAGGCGGAGAACACCGUAGAGACAGGACUCAUUCAUUCUCUUUCUAUUCCUCCUGUCCUUCCUCUUAUUCCCCCUCCCCUUCCUCCAAAACAGAUCUGUUGCCUUGGACGUUGUUUUGCUGUUUACUGACCACUUAAGCACCUAGAAAUGCGUAGACACAUACCUACACAUGCGCACACAAAUGUAGUAGCUCCAGUCCUGUCAGAAGGGGAUUGCCAACAAUAAAGAGAACUGAGAACAUGAUGACGGGUGUGCAACCACCUUACCACCAUAUAUACACACACACACACACACAUUUGCACACACAUGCACAUGCAAACACAGCUCUGUGAGAUUGUACGUGCCCCACCCCAGCCUGAGGUGGUAUAUAGGUAAACAAACCCAUAGAGAAAUGCAUUCCUCUCUGCUCCACCCCACUGGAUGUGCCAAGGCGACACUUUCAAAACAAAGAGCAAUCCCAUCGCCUGCUUCGGCUGAUCUCGUUUAUCUGAAUGUGUUUUGUGCUGCUGCUACAACAGCACAGUAUUGGGGCUGAUCCUCGAUAAGUUUUGCCUUUAAGUAGUGAUUGAAAUUGUAUGGACCAGAGGAGCCUGAUCAGUGAUCCUGGAUCAGUGCUCCCACCUAUAAAAUGCUUUUGUGAAUAUGGAUCUUGGUCCAUAUUGUAGGACCUUCCAACCCGAUGCCUCAUCUCCAACAAAAACACACACACACACACACACAGAAUGCACGCAUGUGUGCAUCUGGAAUACGCAAAACUGACAUUCCUGUUAUUUUUAUUUUUUAUUUGUUUGGGGAUUUUUUUAUUGUAUUUUGAUAUAUUUGGUUUUGUUUCUGCCAAAAAAAAAAAAAAAAUACAUGUGCCAUCAACCGCCAAACAGUUGUUGUUACCUCCUUAAAAAUGACCAGCCUGUACCACUCUAAACUAACUAGAGGGCCACAAAUAGACAUCUCCAACCCUGUGUCACCACAGAGUUUAUCAAGCUCUAUGUGGAAAGUCCCCAAAUGAGCGCCAUCUUUUCAAUACAAAGAAAUGUUUAUCUGCAGAGAUAACCUCCAGCGUAAAACAUUUAGCUCACAAUCUCUAAAUGUGAUAUCAACUGGAUCAGUUAUUCCCCUUGUACUUCUGCUGAAGUGCUCCACUGCUGUAGGCAGAUGUCCAUCUGUGGCUUCAGUUAGCAAAGCAUAGACAAACAGGCUCUCGGUCUGCCUUCUCAUUCAACUGUAUCUAAAGCUGUCGGGCCAGCCCGCCUGUUGACGGCCUGUACGUAGAUCUCUGUGUGCUUUAAUCACCUCUAGACAAACCUUAAUCAAUUAAAGGCCAAUGUGUGGUCGGCUCAUCGGGACCCCUUGACGAAGGUUUCGGGGCCACUGGCUUGAGUUCGACUGGGAGGGAGAUCAAAUAAGUUGCACAUGACUCGUCUAAGCUGCUGAGGCAUUUAGGAAUGGUACUCCGACUCGCUUAGGGACAUUCCAACAGUAGGAAGAACAACCGCUUAGAAGCAGAAGGUGUAACAAAACAUGCAAACUGUGUGGAAGUUUCUCUGUGUGACCUUUCGACAAUAGGGUAUUGUAUGAAAAAAAGCCUGGUUUUAUUUGUUAAGUAUUUAUUCAUAUCAAGAUAUCUGUAUUGUGUGAUUCAAUAAUUAUUUAUAUGUCGUCCUGAAAUGAAUUAUUUUUAUUAAGAAA